AUGCAGAAUGUCAACCUUCAAGGAGCCGCUUACACCUGGGAUGCAGCUGACGAGCGACUCUGGGAGCGUCUACAGAAUCGAAGAAACGCUGCCUCUGGAGGGAAAAAAUAUGUCCUCAAGAACAUGAUACCAGGCGAAUUCGAGUAUCAACUUGAUCUGCAGAGACGAUUCUCGGGUCACCCAAAUAUACGGGCAGUAACUGACACGAUCCAGCCUCUUGAGAUGUUUAUAUACCCCUACUUGACUGGAGACCUGCAGCACCUGAGCCCCAAACUACGGUCGAAGAGAACGAAGGUUGAAGUUCUUCGGAGUGCCUUGCAGGGACUUUGUGACAUGCACAAAGAAAACAUUGUACACAAUGACAUCAAGGCCGAUAAUGUGCUGAUAGAGUAUGAAGAAGCAGAAGCAGGAGAAGAGAUGGUAAAGAUCAAGAGCGUUCAGAUAUCAGAUCUUGAGGACACUGUCCUCCUACCGGCUGGGAUGUGGUUUUCGGAAGGUAUAUGCGGAAAUGCAAUCUGGAGAAGCCCGGAGAGCUGGUGCCGGGCCCGCCAGAACAUCAGCUCAGACAUCUUCUCCUUUGGAAUUGUGAUGAUAUAUGUCAUGACAGGCAAGAUGGUCUUCCACAUUGGCUGGGACAAGCUUGACGCAGAAGACGCCUGGAGACACGUCCUGAGCCGACACAUCUCCUACUUUGCGGACGAAGAAGGGCUCAAUGGACUGCUGAAGCACAUCCAGAAGGAGAACCCGUUCUUUGAGCGCCUGGUGAGCCUGGCCGAGAAUGUUCCCCGACAACCCUUUGAGGCCUGGGGGAGUGUCGAGCCCCAACUGAAAAACUUGGUAGGCAAGAUGACCUGCCUGGACCCAUCGAGGAGAAUCACUGCGGCAGAGGCGCUGGAGCAUCCCUGGUUCAAAUCGGCCUGGAUGAAAGGAUGA